AUGCUGCCGGUGGGCGAGAAUUCGAAGGGCUUCGGAUCCUCCUUGCGUUGCCCGCAGAGUGAGGAGAACGUUUUGCAUUGGUUCAAGGAUGUGCUGAGUGCAACCAUUUUGGCCGAAGGGGAGCAGGAAGAAGGAAGAAGUUUUGGCAAGUUGUUGAAAGCAGUGGGUCGAGGCGAAGAAGAGCUUUGCCAGCGCGGUGAGGUCACAACCUUUGACGAGCUGAAGCUGGGUUUCGGCUAUGGAGAGUUUUUGGCCAAGAAUGCAGAGGAGAUUGGUUCGCUCCUGGAUCGUUUCGACGACACCGACGCGUCUUCCCCGCUCACACGGGACUUGCGCACCUUUUGCGAUGAGCUGAAGGCGUUGCAAUGCAAUGCCUCAGAGGCGUUGUGUGGGAUCCGGGGUCAUUUCGCUUCGCUGCUCUCUCCCGCACAGGCGCAGGUCGCCUGGAACCGGGCAUCUGGCCUCACCAACGCUGCAGCUUCACCGGUCCUGGUCGCCUGGGCACGUGCGGCCGUAAGCGCGCACACCGAACAACAGCCGGGCAUGGCGAAGGGAGAUAAGAUACAAAAGACGGCUGAUGCUGUGGAAGAGAUCGCCUCCGCGCCAUUCCUGAUGGACUUGCAAGUGGUAUUGGAUUGGGAAGACCAAUUCCAGCCCGUGCUUGGCGAGCUCUCCUCCUUUUUGUCCUCCAGUGACUUUGCCACGCAGUGGAACCGAAGAGGUCGCCGUCGCGACGCAGACGACCCGGGACAGAUCACCUUGCUGGGCUGGCGGCACUUCGUGCGACUGCCCUCAGGCUCCGUGGAGGACUUCGCCAAAGCUCUGGACCGGAAAGACCCCGCCGCUGCCAGCGGAGCGGUGCUUCACCGAUACCUUGCAGAGGGGCGCAACUUCCGGCAGGACCAGUUCGUCUUCGCAGCCGAAGAAGCCUUAAGGGGCUGGCGCCAAGACUGCCAUCAGCGUGAGAUUUUUGUGCUGCAAGCCAUCACUGCGUUGCCCCUGCAGUGGCGUGACGCCGUGGCACCCAUCUUUGCAAAAGCCUACACGAAGCUGGGUUUGCCUAAGCGAGAAAUGCUCCACGCGUCCCGGCGCAGAGCCGACUGGACAACGACUGUGAGGUGGCUCGCCAAGAACACAGGAGUCACCGAGUGGGAGUUAAAGUGGGAGAGCUUCUACGGCGUUGAUCUCUUGAGUGAGCCGGAGCAACGUGUUCCGCCCCUUCCUCGCCGCGAUCACGGCCACCAUGGGCGUCACGGCGCGGCCGCGGCGCCUUCACGCGGCGCCGCGCAGUUGGAGAUGAGCGAUGUGGACAGCAGUGACGGUGUGAUCUCCGAAGGCACCGACGAAGACGAGGGUCCCAGACGCGACGACGGGUCGGAGAAUGUGAAGCUUUGCCGGAGGAUUGCCAGGAACAAGGGAGUGAAGUUCCAGGACGUGGAUCCUUCCUCUCGCGAGUGGCUGCAAAGGCCCUUGCACUCGGCCCUCCGCUCGCUCCAGCAGACGGUGCAAGGUGCUGUGAAACGUCUUGCAGAUGAUCUCUACAGCGGAGAGGUGCAUUUCAUGCUGGAGCUCCUGCAAAAUGCAGACGACUGCGACUUCCCCAGCGAUGCCCUGCCAAGCCUCACAGUGACCUUCGAGUCCAACCCCGAGCAGUUUGCCAAAUGGACCACCUUCGAACCAUCCAAGCCUGCAAGUGCCUAUUUGAUCAUCGAGCACAACGAGACCGGCUUUCGUGAUUUCAAUUUGAAGGCCCUUUGCGACAUCGCCCAGUCCACCAAAGCGGGUGGUGCUCGGAAGUUCAUCGGUGCCAAAGGCAUCGGGUUUAAGAGCGUCUUCUGUGCCACCACGACGCCAGUGGUACAUUCAGGGCUUUACCAUUGCCACUUCGACUCGGAGGCCUUGGAAGGCUUGGGCUACUUGAUUCCUUUUCCGUUGACUCGCCCCUCGGGCUUCAAGACGGGCACGCGGCUGGUGCUGCCGCUCUACGAGCAAAGCAUGGUCGAGAAAUGUCGUCGAGUGGUGGAGGACUUGAAGCCAGAGCUGUUGCUCUUCUUGCGGAAGUUGGAGAAGAUUACCAUUGUGGAUCAUGUCUUGAAUGUCAAGAAGACGAUCCAGAAGUUCAUCGAUGAAGAAGGCCGGGAAGUACGGCUGGACACAUCCACUGUGUCGACGGCACCAGAUAAUCUCAAAGAGGAUGCUUCGAAGGUUUCUUGGUAUGUGCAUCGCCGUCCAGUAGCGCUUCCACGAGCUAUGGACGGGCAGCGGGACACCGAUCUCCAGAUCGCAUUCCCAAGGAGCACCGAGAGCUUUGAGAAGGAACAGCAGUUGGCCUUUGCUUGGCUACCCUUGAGAUCCUAUGGGUUCCGCUUCAUCGUCCAGGCAGAUUGGGCGGUGCCCAGCUCCAGGGAGUCGAUUUUGGCUGAGCACCCUUUGAACCAGAGCCUGCGAGCUGCGCUGCCAGAGACGUUUUGCGAGCUGAUCGAGCAGCUGGCCGAGCGGGCGCUGGCGAUCGACGACGCCGCGGCGCGGGAGAAGGAGUUUCAGCGCCUCUACAGUCUCAUCCCGCUAGAGGGCCAAGCGGCUGAGUUCUUCGUGGACACUCCCAAGCAGAUCCUUUCAGGACUGGAGGCGAAGAAGUUCGUGCUGGUCCGCCAAGGUGGCAAAGAUCUUUGUGUGACGCCGAAGGAGGUGGUGCGGAAGGAGCUGUCUGGACAGGCCGAGACCCUUCACGUUCCAAGCGCUGGGCCGGGGCUUGGACCAGAGAGUCGACACGGAGGUGCUUUCGGAGCUCACAGAGGAUGCCAAGGAGGUUCUCGAAAACCUUCUCAACACGAGCAACAUGUACUUCGAGAGGGGAAUCCUCAGCAGUGCGGUGGCAGAUGCCUUGAAGAUCCCCAAGCUGAAUGA